AUGUCCCUCUUACAAGAUUUAGUGGAUGAGACGAGUAACAUGAAAUCAGCCACGAGCAACUUGGAGGAUGAAGUACAAAAAAUCAAGGAUCACUUAGCUCUGCUAGAUCCCAGUGGGUUCGAUGAUCGUUUAAAGACUUGCUUGAGCGAUCAGAUCAGUUUGGAUCAUGAUUUGAAAGACUUAGAGAAGAGGUUAAACCAAUUCCCAUCCCCAGAAGAAAUGAACAACAUGGUACGGUGGGAAGUUCUUGAAGAUGUCCUCGUGAAGGGCAAGAGUCCGUCUCCUGAGACAAGUCCAGUCCAUCACUCCCCAACUGAUUCAACCUCACCAGAAGGCAGAACCAUGGGAUCUCCACGAGCUCAGCCUGGCGCUGCUACUCAGAGAAGAGAAGGAGCCCAGGGCCCACCAGCUGGAUUGCCAGGGGCACAGGCAGGAGCACCAGGGGCUCCAAGUGGACCUGGAACUCCUGGAGCUCAGCCUGGAGCUCCUGGAGCCCAACUGCCAUAUCCUGGCACCCCUGGGGCCUAUCCUGGGGCACCUGAGGUCCAGGCUCCCUAUCCUGGAGCACCUGGAGCCUAUCCUGGGACACCUGGGGCCUAUCCUGGGGCACCUGGGGCCCAGGCUCCCUACCCUGGAGCACCUGGAGCCUAUCCUGGGGCACCUGGAGCCCAGGUUCCCUAUCCUGGGGCACCAGGGCCCUAUCCUGGGGCACCUGGGGCCCAAGCUCCAUAUCCUGGUGCUCCCUAUCCUGGAGCACCUGGAGCCUAUCCUGGGGCACCUGGGGCCCAGGGUCCCUAUCCUGGGGCACCUGGGGUUCAAGCUCCAUAUCCUGGGGGUCCUGGGGCCCAGCCUGGGGCUCCUGGGGCCGAGCUUGGGGGUUCUGGGGCCCAGCCUGGAACUCCUGAGGCCCAGCCUGGGGCUAUUGGGGCCCAGCCUGGGGCUCCUGGAGCCCAAGCCCCCUAUCCUGGAGCACCUGGGGCCUAUCCUGGGGCACCUGGGGCCCAAGCUCUCUAUCCUGGGGCUCCUGGGGUUCAAGCUCCAUAUCCUGGGGGUCCUGGGGCCCAGCCUAUGGCUCCUGGAGCCCAAGCCCCCUAUCCUGGAGCACCUGGGGCCCAAGGUCCCUAUCCUGGGGCACCUGGGGUUCAAAGUCCAUUUCCUGGGGGUCCUGGGGCCCAGCCUGGGGCUCCUGGGGCCCAGUCUGAAGCUCCUGGGGCCCAGCCUAUGGCUCCUGGAGCCCAAGCCCCCUAUCCUGGAGCACCUGGGGCCCAGCCUGGGGCUCCUGAGGCCCAACCUGGAGCUCCUGGGGCCCAGCCUAUGGCUCCUGGAGCCCAAGCCCCCUAUCCUGGAGCACCUGGGGUCUAUCCUGGGGCACCUGGGGCCCAAGAUCCCUAUGCUGGGGCACCUGGGGCUCAAGCUCCAUAUCCUGGGGUUCCUGGGGCCCAGCCUGGGGCUCCUGGAGCCCAAGCCCCCUAUCCUGGAGCACCUGGAGCCUAUCCUGGGGGACCUGGAGCCCAAGCCCCCUAUCCUGGAGCACCUGGGGCCUAUCCUGGAGCACCUGGGACCUAUCCUGGGGCACCUGGGGCCCAAGCUCCCUAUCCUGGGGCUCCUGGGGCCGAACCUGGGGCUCCUGGAGCCCAAGCCCCCUAUCCUGGAGCACCUGGUGCCUAUCCUGGGGCACCUGGGGCCCAAGGUCCCUCUCCUGGGGCACCUGGGGCCCAAGGUCCCUAUCCUGGGGCAUCUGGGGCUCAAGCUGCAUUUCCUGGGGUUCCAGGAGCCCAGCCCGGGGCUCCUGGGGCCCAACCUGGUGCUCCUGGGACCCAGCCUGGUGCUCCUGGGGCUCAACCUGGUGCUCCUAGAACCCAGCCUGGUGUUUCUGGGACUGAAGCAGAGUAUCCAGAAGCCCCUGGGGUUCAGCCAGUCUAUCCUGGAGCUUUAACUGGGGGACAGCCCGGACUUCCUGGUGCCCCUGGAUUCUAUCCUGGAGUCCCGGCUGGAUAUCCUGGCCAACCUGGAGUGCCCUGGCCCAUUCUACCUGGAUAUCAACCUCUUGCCUUACCUGCUGCUCCUGCAGGCCAGUUGGCUGUGCCACCUGGGCUAGUUCUUGGAGCUACACCCCCACCAUCUCCCCUCUUACCCUCCUCCACUCCUAUGGGGUACUCCGAGUCUCCCUCCUCUUCAACCAAUUUGGCUCCAAGUCGCUAUGCGGAUACGGUGGAUGCCCUGCGCUCACUUUCCCAGCUGAAUGAGCUCUAUCAAACUCUCAGAGACCAGAUCACUAUGCUGGACUACUACAAGUGUGGCCAUUCUGAUCUCCGCAAGCUACAGGACUUCCUCACUGAUGCACUUUAUAAGACCAUGGCUGCUAUCCCACCUGAUCUGCCAGAAAAACUUGCUGCCCUGCAUUCCAUGGAAGAAGAUCUCAAAACUGAGAAAGAGGUGUUAAGGAAGAUUCAGAACGCAAUUGAAGGAGAAUUGCCAGGAGAAUUGCCAGGAGAAGAGACAGAGAAAAUAGAGGGAGCUAAUCAGAUCAACUUGCAAAUAGGUUAUCUCAGAGCAACAGUACAGGAUAUAGAGAAAGAGCUAAAGGAGCUGAGAAACAAACAGGAUAUGGGGAAAGCCAAAUUGGAGCAGUCGGUGACCGACAAUGCCUAUUACCUCCAGGAGCAGUUAGACAAGCUUAGAUCUGUCAUAGAGAACAUGAUGUCCUCCUCGUCUACCUUGCUGUCCAUGACCAUGCCACCCACCCCAGAGCCUGGUCUAGCUCACGUCCAAGGCACAUGUGCAGCCUGCAGCUUAGAUGUCAGUGAGAAGGUUAGCCAGUUGUUCAAGCGCUACGAGGUGCUGCAGGACUCAGUCAACAACUUCAUGUUGAGGCAGACAGAAGGCAGAAUGAAGAAACCCAAGCAACGCCAGGAUGAAGAGGUGCUCAACCAUAUCCAGAGUACUAUCCUGCAAGUCCAGGAAGAUUGUGAGAAGCUGAAUGCCACUACUGGCACUCUUGUUGAAGAUCAUCGCCAGAAACAGAAAGAGAUCAGUGCACUGUACAAAUCACUGGAGAAACUAGAAAAUGAAAAAGCUGACAAAGAUAGCCUAGAGAUGGAAAUCCAUGUGAAAGCAGAUAAGACCGCCCUUGCAGCAAAGGUCAGUCGCAGCCAGUUUGAUGCCACCACAGAACAGCUGCAUAAGAUGAUGCAGGAACUGCUAAAUAAGAUGGCUGGGCAAGAACAAGACUGGCAGAAAAUGCUUGACAAACUCUUGAUUGAAAUGGACUCCAAGCUGGACCGCUUGGAACUGGAUCCAUUCAGGCAGCAGCUGGAGGAACGUUGGAAGGAUAUUCGGAAACAGUUGAAGCAAAGGGUUCCACAAGACGAAGGAGACGAGGCUGCGGGGAUCAGAAGGAGACUACUGGCUCACUUCCACUGCAUUUCUUGUGACCGACCCUUAGAGAUGGUGGUGCCUGGCCCGCGAAUUACGACACUCCCAGCUGUUCCAGGUUUACCUGCUCACCAAUCCCUCCGGCCAUAUACGGUUUACGAAAUGGAACAAAUCAGGCAGCUGAACCGCAACAAUUUUAAGUUAGGACCGGGUGUUCGUUUUGAUGCCCUGGAGAAGAGCGCUAGUCUGAACAAGUUACGGCGCAUCCAUUCCAAGAUGCUCAUGGACAUACAGAAGGUGCAAAGUCAUUAUGGCGGAGCCGCCAGAGUCAACGCUCAGAUGAUCAGGGAUGUCCUGCAGUCCCAGUGUCCUGGCCCAAGCCCAUUUGGCAAACGGGACAGACUUCCAGAGGUGUCUGAUGUGAGCUAUGUAAAUAUACCUCGGCAUUGUGGAGGCAGCCAUACCCUCACCUAUCCAUACAGGCGCUAUGCGAGACUGCAACAGUUCAACCAGUGUAUACCUCCUCUCCACGCAGAUGAAAACACCAUGGUGGCAAUGAUGAAGCAUGAAGAGGUAGAUAUACUGGGUCUUGAUGGUCAUAUCUACAAAGGACGGAUGGACACACAUCUCCCAUCAAUAACUGGAAAGGAUUCUGUCUCAAGAACAAGAAGCAAGCUCAUUCGGUCUUCCUCACAAAGGCAUCACCCCAUGCUCAGUGACAUUGCUAACCUCCCAGCUCGCCCCCACACUGCAAAAGUGUCCUUGCGCAGCUUGUCAGCUAAAUCAGGAGACAAGUCUGUCGCUCAGUUAAGGAGUGUUGAAGAACGUGGAAUGGAGGACAGAGAAGGUUUUGAGGUACGAAUGGAGAUUCCCUCGAGACAACGGUCUGAUGAGCAGUCUGCCUAAACCAAGGGACCCAGCUUUGGUCUUGCUUAGAGCAUGGUUCUCACUGAUGAAGCCAGACAAUAAAGAGUGAACUAAAGGAGAAGGCUGCAGACCUGCUGCUGCCACGAGGCCGUGGCCCUCUUGCUGUGGCCACUGUGUUUGCAGUCUCUGCUCUUUCCUGUAGUGAUGUUC